GAGGCUGCAGAACGGAGGAGCAGAGUGCACUGCGCUCAGUCUGGCUCCCACACUGAGAAAGCCUUUCUGGGGUGACACUAACAGUUUUUGCCCGGGACCUUGGGGAUUUUACACCCUGUCCUUCAAGGAACUAGUGGCACUCUUUCCAAUUGCCUAGGCUCCUUUGCCCGGGAGAUAAGGUCAGAGGGCUCUUGUUAAGCCAUAACUGCCGCUCUAGGAUCAUCCUCAAAUUCAACUUACCCUGCCUGAGAUCCACCUGCAACCAUGACAACAAAAUCCAACAGCAGUGUUCUAGGAGGCAAGGCUUCAUCCUCCCCUCUCUUGUCCUCUCCACCUCGCCAACGCCUGGUCACCAAAGACGGACACUGUGCCCUUCGUCCACCUCUGUGCCCUUCAAGCUCAUGGCCCGGGGCCUCAGGCAGAGCCUGGUUGCUGGCUCUGCAGGAUCUUUGGGGACUGUUGGUUGGUCUGCGCUGGAGAUGGGUGCUAUUGGCCUUCUGUGCCUCCUUCCUGGCCCACUGGCUGCUGUUUGCCUGCCUGUGGUACUUGCUAGCCCACCUCAAUGGAGACCUGGCUGUGCAGGAUCAUGAUGCCCCGCCACAGGGGCAUGUGGUUUGUGUGAAGCACAUAACCAGCUUCACAGCUGCCUUUUCCUUCUCACUGGAGACACAGUUGACAAUCGGUUAUGGCACUAUGUUCCCCAGUGGGGACUGUCCAAGUGCUAUAGCACUGCUGGCUGUGCAGAUGCUGCUGGGGCUCAUGCUGGAGGCAUUCAUCACAGGUGCAUUCGUAGCCAAGAUUGCACGCCCCCAGAAGCGUGCAGGAGCCAUCCAAUUCAGCCCCCAGGCAGUUGUUGGCCAACAUCAGGGCCAGACAUGCCUCAUGUUACGAGCCACAAACCUGCUGCAACGACCACUGGUAGACGUAAAGGUGAGUGCUGUGCUCUACGAGGAGCAUGAUGGUCAGGCCCUGUACCAGACCUCUCUGGACUUCCACUUAGAUCAUCUGGGCCAGCAGCCCUGUCCUUUUUUCAUCUUCCCACUCACCUUUUACCACCCCCUGGACCGCCGGAGCCCUCUCUAUCCUGCCCUGUGUGAGGGCAUGUCCAACCACUUUGAGUUGGUGGUCUUCCUGUCUGCUUUACAGGAGGGAACUGGUGAUUCCUGCCAGAAGAGGACCUCAUACCUGCGCCAAGAAAUCCAGUUUGACCGUCGCUUUGUCCCUGCCUUAGGGCUGGAUGCUCGUGGGAGAUACAUGGUGAGCACCCAGCAUUUUGAUACAGCUCACUCAAAGGAGCCAUUGAACAAGGACUGUGUUGUGCAGAUCAAUGGUGAUGGCAGUGACAGGAUGGAGUAAGGAUGCUGAAGGGAAGAUCUCAUAGGGAGUUUCUGAGGGAUUACUGGGGAGGGUAACAAUUGGUCAGAUAUUUUUGUCUUGAGGUACUUCUUUAAACAUAAAUUUCGAUUUACCAAAUUAAAUCAAUUUAAAUUAAAAUCUAUAUCAAACAUAAGGGCUGAUGCAAAAACCCUCAGCUCCUCCCUCUGUCACUAGGGCAGCAACUGCGGUAUACUAGCCCACUGGCUAGGCCACUGGCUAGUAUACCAGUGGGCAUUUGCACCUGGACAUUUAUAUGUCCAGGUGUGUUGGUAUGAUGAGUAUGAUCAAACUAUAUUUGAAAAUAUUAAGUACAACGCUGUUGGUGCAGUCAAUUUUAAUUCCUCUUAAAUUAAUAUCCAGUAAUAACUGUUUUGUUUAUUACACCUCAUCAAAUGACUAUGUACAAUAUAACAUAAUAUAAAAGUGGGAAUUCAUAGUAAUGGACCAAAAUUGAUUUGUCACCCACUCUGAAAAGCAUCUUUUAUCUCACUGUUUUGGCUUCAUAACACCUUUGGUAGGCAAGCAAUAACCCUUAUCUGCAAAAUGCCACUAAAAAUAUAGAGACAAUGAACAUGUAGGAAUUUUCCAUACACAUGUGCUGGUUUGAUUCGGUUUGGUUCGGCAAGUCAGCCCAGCACGGCAGGGUUCCGCAUUUCCACGACAACAGGGCUACAUGCUAGAAUGUGUAUCUUUUAGUAACAUGUGCUUGUCUUGUUUAAUGGUACAAGGAGUGACUAUAAUUCCUCUCUUGCCCUACCAUACUGUCAAAAAAUGGCCUUUAACAAAGCUAGCUUUGCUUAUUCAGUUAGAAACGCUUUUUCUCCAAGAAAACUGUCAUACCCCAAACAGUCGACCUUUGUAGUUUUUUUUUCUGAUGAGGAACUGCUCCUGAAUAAAUGUUGUAGCUCUAAACCUGUUGUGGAUUUAAUGGCAUUCAAUUAUCAAAUUAACAUAGUUCAACAACGCAGUACACCAGUUGAUUUUAAUGUUUCUAUGAAACAGAAGUGAAUAUUUUCCACUUGAUAAGAGUUAUUUUUGGCACAGAAAGUAAUAUUAAGUUGACAUGCCUUAGUACCAGCCCUGUAAAAAUGAAUAUGGAAUUAGUAGGGAUGGCAGGUAUAUUGAAAGUGCUGAAAGAGCAGAAAGUGCCAGUGAGGAAUGAGCAAAAUGGAAUUACUCUUCUUUCAUGUCUACUAAGGGACAUUCAUGUUGCUGAUCAAUGAUUUUCUCUUCUGAUGUUUGUGGACUAGCAUCCAAACUGAAGAUUACACUGUAUCAAUGGGAGCUGAUAAUCACAACAACCAGUCAGUCAGUCAGAUGAUUGUAAUCUAUGAGGGUUGGAAGUAACAAAAAUUAAAUGAUAAAAAUGGAGCUGAUAAAAAUGCAAGAAAAUGAAACAUGGAUUGAUAGAUGAUCAAUCUGUAAAGGUGAUUGAUUAAAAAGUUGUGAUAUGAUGAAAACAGAGUCAUGUUUAAUAAUUCAUCCCAUCUUAUAAUCAUCAUUCACAACACUAAAAAAUGUAAUUCAUCAUUUAAGGAAUGUGUUCUCAAGGGUGGAGUAUUAAAAAGCAUUUGACAACAAUGUAAGUGAUUAAAAUGCUUAUAGAUCAAUAAUGAAGUGAUAAAAUGCAUGUGAAUUGAAAAAUAGUGAUAAACUGUCACUUGAUUUAAUAAACCCUACUGACAUUUUACAGUAUUUCCCUGAUAAUCAACUUGGAUGCCAUUCAUCAUUCACAACACAUGUAUAAUUUGCAGCAAACACCCAUUCAGUGAACCACUCAACACUCAUUAUGGAUCCCACUGCUUUUCUUUUAAGACCUGUAUCUCAGGGCAAGAAAAAUGGGAAUUGGAUGAUUCUGUUGAAAAAAACAUCCAUGGUUACCCAGUAAAUUUCCACAUGGACUUCUAUGGCCGUUGCAGCUGUGUGUCUGUACUUGAAAAAACACCAAGCUUGGAUAAAUAACAGACAUAACUGAGUGUUAAAAACUCCUUGGAGUGGGGCAGCCUAGCAGCAGCUUCCACUGCUGACUUACUGUAUAUCCUGGUCACUCUGCCUAACUGAGAAGGUAUACUCCAGGUCUGAAGCAUUUCCAGAGGUAGAAUAAUCCACAGUGGAGCAACACCAGGCCCAGCAGGAUAUUUAUCAGGGAAACUACACUACAUAAGUCUUUGUAUCAGCUGUUUUUUUACAAACAGAGAUGUACAUAAGCUACCUGUUAAACCAGCAUACUCCUCCUUUAACUUAACCAAUUAAGUCAACAUAUCAUAGGCAGAGUACGGCAAGAAAAGCAUUGGGCUCCAUAAUGAAUUUUACGUAGUUCAUUGAGCGGGCUUUAUCUUUUUAGGGAGGCCUGACGAAAAAUGUUACCCAUACAUGAUAAAUGUUAGUUGGGUGCUGUGAAUGAAAAUAGUUGCCCAGUUGAUUAUCAGAGAAAUCAUGUUUGAAGUAAGAUGUCAAUUGUUUUUUCAAAUAAUCUGAUAGUGUAUCACUUUCAUAAUUGAUUCGUGAGUAUUUCGAUUUCAUCGUAUCACAACUUUUUUCUUUUUUUUAUCAAAUCAGCUUUAAAUUUAACAAAUCACUUGAUAAACUAUCAAUCCAUUUCUCAUUUCACAUGCAGUUUUCAUUACAAGUUACCCUUGUGAUGUAAAAAAUGACAAUAAAUCUACCUUGUAACCUUGUAAUUUUACCCCUUUAUUUUUCAAUUCACAUGCAAGUGUUAAGCUGUUAUGGCAAAUCAUUAGAAACCUUUUGGAACGAAGACAUCCAUGUUUUAGAGUGAGCUAUCUAACAUUAGACAGACCUGCAUAAAAUAACAUAUGGUUUGGUGACAGAUAGAAUUAUACUGCCUGCUAAGUGCUUUGUAGAUUAAUGCAUUUAUAUUGAAAAAUCAUUGCCUGAAUCAUUAUGCAAAGCAGAAAUGGAUGUAUCAUGUUCAAUUUGUAUGACAAUGAAUGUCAAUUUGCAAAUAAAGUUAGGAGAUUAGGAAGAAGUCUUAAUGUUGUAGAAAUACAUUAAUUUGUAUUUGGAGUAUUUUCCCUUUAAAGGCUGCUGACAUGGAGAGCAUCACUGUGUUAUCUCCAUAGUUUUAAAAAAAAAUCAUGUUGCAACUUCAGACAUCAAAAGGAAAUGUUCUACAAAAUGUGAUUGUGAAGGAUGAGAUCUCGAUGCAUCUCACAUGCUUUGGUGCCUUUGUACAGUGUACAUUACAUGAAAUAAAUAUUUUCUAAACAAGCCAAA